GUGAUGGAAAUGAAAUUUCGGCAAAAGCAUGGAGUGCUUUCUGCUACCGUAGAGCUCUAACUCUCAGCCGCAGUGGGAUGGAGAUGAAGUCGAUAUAGAAUCAGGUAGCUGUUGUUCCUUUGUUGUCUGUGUUCGCCAUCCAUGGCUGGGAUGCUCCCGGGAGUGGAAUUUGCCCGGAGAAGGCGACUCCACCACGGCGGCUCAACGGAUUCAUCCACCGGUACGAGGAGAUCAUCUUAUUGUUUACAUACAAUAGGAUGUGAAGCACAUCUUUCCGCUACUGGCUCCAUGCAAAGAACCAUUUUGAACAAAGAAGUCCACGAAGGAGCACUUGGAUCGAUGGCUCGGGAGGCCAAGGAGAGACUGGAUGCAAGACUAAAGAUCAAGAGGUAUCGUGGCUUGGAAAGCAACAGCGAGUGCGGUAGCGAGCAAGUGAUCCCAGGGAGUGUGCAGGGAGAGGUGUUCUCGUCCAAGAGCACCAGAAAGUUCAGCUGGAGUAAGAAGCUGGGGUGGACGGCAUCCGAGCAAGCGGAAUGUGCAAUCUGUUUGGAGGAGUUCAAGAGGGGAGAUGUGCUACUUCGCUUGCCUUGUGCUCACAGGUUUCACUGUGACUGUGUGGUGCCAUGGCUGCAGAGUAACUCCCACUGUCCAUGUUGCAGAACAACGAUCUUUCCUCAAAGCUGUCGGUAGUGUAGCUAUGGCGAUAAUUUACAGAGACUGCUUAGUGACGCUACUGGAAAUAGGUGGUGUAAUUUAUGAGAAAAUUUAUGUCAAUAACAAAAAUCACUUCAAAAUCCA